AAUUCUCAGUUCAAAAUCGUAGCGAACGCGUAGCGGUAAAGACGCGCACAACCAAAGAAAACACGCUAGAAAAGUGCAGAAGCAGUGUGAAUAAUUUCUUCAAUUCUUUAAAAAAAAGUGUACUUCUCUACUUUCCAUUUUCGGGAUUUCAACAACAACUCAAUCACAAACCAACAAAUUCCUGCCCGUUACCUUGCUUAACCACGUAACGGUAUAACACGAAUACAUUUUCCGAUUUCAAUUGAACGUCGUAGAUGUCAGUAGUGCCACUCAUGUUCCGUGACUGGUGGGAUGAUUUUGAAUUUCCAACGCGCACAUCGCGCCUCUUGGACCAACAUUUUGGCACUGGCCUAAAACGCGAUGACCUACUCUCAUCCGUUUGGAGCUCCCGCCCGACAAUGCUGCGUUCCGGUUACCUGCGUCCAUGGCAGCGUUCACCGACCAGCUUGCAAAAGCAAGAAUCUGGUUCCACACUGAACAUUGACAAUGAGAAAUUCGAAGUCAUUUUAGAUGUACAACAAUUCACUCCAAACGAAAUCACUGUCAAGGUGACCGAUAAAUUUGUGCUCGUCGAGGGUAAACACGAGGAGCGUCAAGAUGAGCAUGGUUUCGUGUCUAGACAAUUCUCCAGACGUUAUAUGCUGCCAAGUGAUGUUAAUCCCGACAAUGUGACCUCAUCUCUCUCUUCAGAUGGCUUACUUACCAUCACUGCUCCCUUGAAGAAGCUGCCACCUCCAGCCACCGAACGUGUGGUGCCCAUCUCACAGACUGGCCCAUCCUCGAAGGAGGAUAAUGCCAAGAAAGUUGAGACUAGCACCGCUUAAAUUACUUGAACGAUUUUGUAGCAAACAGACUGUUUUCCAUUUUGUAUAAUUAUUUUGAAUGCUAAUCAUUUAUUUAUUAUUUCGUAAUUUAUUUUUAUACUAAAGAAGAAAAAGUAAAAAAAUUAAAAACUAAAAACUUAAA